AUGAAUUCACUCUACAACCAUGGCAUCAAGCAGACGAAGCUCUUAUCAAAAGAAUUGGCUACUUUUGAAUCCAACAUCUCCACUUCGCCAUUGUCUUUACAAGGCUCGAUCACAACGUCAUUGACUGCGUUCCGAAAAACUAUCAAAGAAUAUGGUGAUUUGGUAGCACAAGCGCCUUCUGAUGACCACUUAACAAAGCAUGAAGCCAGGCUUGAAAAGUUCAACAAAGACCUACAAGAAUUUACUCAGAAAUUCGACAAUUUGAAACUUCAACGAGAAAACUUACGUCAUGAAGCCAACACCCAAGAACUUAUGGGACGCCGACAUGCCGGUAACACUUCCGAGAAUCCAUACGAGGCAGCAGAAAACGUCCAGCUGCCAAUGAUGUAUCAUGAAGGAUUGGCUAAGGAACAUUCUUCGUUGCAAAGAGGAAGCCAGCAAUUGGAUCAAAUUUUGGAAAUGGGACAACAGGCAUUUGAAGAUAUUGUGGGUCAAAAUGAAACGUUACAACGAGUCAAGGCAAAAUUCGAAGACAGUUUGGUAACGCUUGGAGUCAGUAGGGGUACCAUUCGCACCAUUGAAAAACGUGCUAGGCAAGACAAGUGGAUCUUUUGGGCCGGAGUGGUAUUGCUUUUCGUAUGCUUUUGGUACAUUUUGAAGUGGCUCAGGUGA